CUUUUAUCUAAAAAAAAUGUCAGUUUCCAAAAGAGCUUCCGAAUCGCUUUCAUUGACAUGUCCUAUGUUUGGAGCCUUUAGUCAAACACUUAAUAAAAUGUAUAAUGCUGAUACAAAUCCAAAUGGUGCUCUCAAUUUAGGUGUUGCUCAUAACGACCUUUUACAACAAAAGGUCUUUGAAAAGGCGAAAGCAUGCCUUCAAUUGACUCCCAAUGAUUUGAAUUACGGGCCAUCGGAAGGAACGCAAGAACUGCGUCAACUCAUGAAAGACUUCUUCACGCGUCAUUUUCAUCCUUACUACCCGAUGAACUGGACAGAUAUAUUUGUGCAUACAGGUGCCGGUGCCUCUAUCAAUCAAUUGUUCCUGUCUAUUGGCGAUCCUGGUGACUAUUGUUUGAUACCUACUCCCUUCUAUGGCGCCUUUGAAUAUGAUGUAUCAGUCCAUACUGGUAUUCACAUCCUCCCUGUCAAUCUUCACAAGGAGCUACAAGACAUGUCCAUUGAUCCUGAUCAAUUGGAGUCAUAUUACCAGGGCGCUACUUCCGAGGGUAAAAAAGUCACAAGCAUGUUGAUUACCAAUCCUGAAAAUCCCUUGGCAAAAUGCUAUUCGAAAAAAGACAUUGAAACUAUUUUGGCAUUUGCUGAUAGACAUCAUAUUCAUGUUGUCUUUGAUGAGAUUUAUGCUUUAUCUACCUACAGCCAGUUUCUUGACGAGAAAACCGAAGAUCCAUUUGUUUCUGUCUUGAGUCUGCCCUAUAAGGAGUUGAUUGAUCCUGCCUUGGUUCAUGUCAUCUAUGGUUUAUCAAAGGAUUUUGCUGUCAAUGGCUUUCGUGUUGGGUAUGUCGUUAACCAGUUUAAUGGUCCUCUUAAACAAGCACUUCGUCGUAGUUCAGCCUUUAGUUAUUUGUCUACCAUCACCGAUAGAUUACUGUGUAAUAUGUUUUCUGACACAAAGUGGAUUGACGAGUAUUUAUUGGAAAAUAGACAGGCAUUAGCAGCAUCUUAUACCAGAACCACCGAAUUUUUGAAAUCCGAGGGAAUAGACUAUAUUGCAGCACAAGCCGGCCCCUUUUUACUGGUGGAUAUUCGUAAUAAGCUAGUGUCUGCUACAUCCGAAUCAGAUGAUUUAUUAUGGGCCAAGAUGUUGGAUGGGGGAGUUUAUUUAGCCAAAGGAUCUGUCUUUUAUAUUGGGCAACCUGGCUUUUUUAGACUUACGUUUGCUUUACCUUGGGAUGAAUUGCAUAAGGGCUUAACUCGGUUUAUAAAAGCGCUUCAGUAAGAGUAAUAAAAUAUUUCUUCUGCUAGCAUUUUGGUUUGGAUGGUUGAUUCAUCUCUCUCAUAUCUUGCAGAUGUGUGUUGAUCAAAUUUGGCUUGUUCCAGAGCUUGCAGUUGUAAGAGCUUAUCAAUGAC